UUGACAGCCAAAGCGUCAUGGUGGACCAGUAUUAUAAAAAUUAAAGUCGCUACAAAAACAAUUUAUCUUUUAGCAAUCAUGUCUUUAUAACUAUUCACGAGAUUUUGUAUUUUUUUAAACAGUUAAUUUUAAUGAAAAUGGGUGAGAAAGAUUGUCAAAAAUGGUACCAAGUGUUCCAAGGGCUGAACCCCGCGUUCUAGACAGAAGUUUGUAUGCGUUGCUGUUAAACGCCACUGAAGUUAUUGGCGACGCUGCCGAAAAUAUGUACACAGAUCACUACCAGUGGCAGAGAGAAAUGUUUGGCCAUAGUUUUAGUGUAUCUCGAGUCCCGUGUUCUACGGAUAAUGGAAGCGGCACCAUGGUGGCUCUCGUCAGAAACUGGCUGAGGGCCCAUGAAGAGGCGCAGGUAAUGGUAGCCAGUGUUCUGGUGGUGAUAGGUCUGUGGUGGCUUGUCCGAGCUGUUCUGACGUUGAUGAUCAACCUGGUCUGUCCUCUGUUGGUCGUCGUACUAGCGGUGGUUUGCGUGCCUCAGCUCCGAGCACCACUUUUAGGUCAGAACUAUCCAUUAUUAGCAAAUCUACUAAGAAGCAUUCUCUUGAAAAUGGCUGAAAACAUAAAAACCUGAACUAUGGGAAUUAUGUCGAAGUGACAAGUUUGAGGUCAAAAUUAUAGCACGUUGUUUUUUUCAUUAACAGUUUUUUUGAGUAUUAAUUUCAUUUCCUGUGGUCUAUUAUAGUCUUGGCAAUAUAAAUCUGCAAUUAAUAUAUUAA